AUGAAAAACUUAGUUACAGCAUUUGGAGCAACAGACAACAGGAAGAGUAAAGCUAAGAUAGAUUAAUCUGAGAGAAAGUCCAAGAGAGUUAAAGAUAGUCUUGUGUCUACUAAGUCCAAAGGAGUAAGGAAGAAUCACACUGACUAGAAUACACCUUUUCAAAGUAAACAAAAGCAGAGGAGAGUUACAAAGAAGAAACCUGAGAUAGAUUAAGCAGCUCAUCCUAUUUAUCACGAUGGCUAGGAAUAUUAAAGCCAAAAAAUAGAUAAGGAGCUAUAAGAUAGAGUUUACUAUGCAUAAAUAGCAAAUUCUCAAAGGAAUUACACAAUACCUCCAAGUUAAACUCAAGAAAACAAGAGGACUGAUGACAGUUUAGAAUUACCUAAUAGCAGCAAUGGAUAAUAGAAUAAAAGUGUGCUUUUAGCUGACACACAGUAAUUAAUGAAGCAAGAAGAAAAUAAGUUUGACAAGUAUCCUCCGGAAAGACAGGAUAAGCAAUCAAUGAGAGAAUCCAGAACUCCAACAAUAGUUGGAAAUUUCUCUCACACUAAUAAGCAAAUAGUACUCUCUCAUAGGCAGCCGACAUCUUAAAACUUGAGUUAUGAAGAGUUAACUUAAGUUGGAAUGACUUUGAGCUAAGAUUUCAAUAGAGUAUCGAUUUCCUAAAAUCAAUUGAAUCUCAACUAAUAGAGAUUUAACUCUUGUAUUACAUACCCUAAUGAUAUCAGGAGUAAUGAAUGUCAUCUCAAGAAUAGAUCUCCUUAUCCUAACAAGAAUGAGAGAGUUUUAAAAGACAAUCAAAUUCCCAUUAGCAAGUAGUUUGAAAAAUCAGCUAAGAACAGCACAGAUGCAAACAGUUUUGAGAACUCGAUUGAUAAGGAAUUUCUAUUAUCUCAAACUUCUUAAUCAUGUGGUAGCAAUGUUAUAAUACCAUAAAUCUGCCCAUUUGUGUUUGACUCAGUUCAUCAAAUCAACUUAGGGAAAAAUAAUCCGCUGAUUAUGAAAGAAAUCUAGAGUAUAAGAGUUAAUUGCAUGUCUAGUCUAAGAAAUUUAAGCAAGUAAUACACAGAGAUUUAGGCAACUAUGAAUAAAGCUGAUUCAUUCAUUCAGAUGAUUUUAGACGACGAUACACUAAGAGAACUAUCAGACAAAAAUGUAGAUUUUAUUAAGAAAAAAGAGCUAGCAUUCAAGGAAAUCCACAAUCAAGUUACUAGAGGGCUUACUUAAACACUUUAAGAGUACUAAAAGGAGAGUAAUAAGAUGAUUGGAAGAACCCAAUAAUCACUUGCUAAGGUAUUUUAGUGUAGCCUUGACAUUUUUAAGAAGAAAAUAUCUUUCAAAGAAAUAGAGUAUUUGGAAUCAUUUGAAGAAUUAUCUCAGCACUUGGACAAAUUGGAAGAAAUGAAUAUUAUGAAUAAAAGGUUGAGAUAAAUAGUCCAAAACCAAAUGAAUGAGUUUUUAAAUGAAAAUAAUAGCACAAUGCUUUUGCUAGAAGUAUACUCAAAUGAAUUAUUCAAGCUGAAAGUUGAAAUAUCAUAUAAUAAUUCUGCUAAGAUUAAAGCUAAGCUUUUGAUUUAGUGA